CUGUCAAAACUUCCUGGUUUUGAGGCUUGUGUUGUCAUGCAGGUUUGGCUUCAUUUCGUGGUGCUUUUAAGCAUUUUCGGCGAAUUAUCAAUAGGUGAUGAAUUUCGCUUUGCAUCAUAUUAUGGAGAGCACAUGGUCCUGCAGAAAGCUCCAGAGAAAGCUGUGUUGUGGGGGUAUGGCACAACUGGAGCUGAUGUUCAGAUCUCUUUAGCAGGACCACAAAAUGAACAAGUAAAAUCUGUUCCUGUCCUUGAUGGCAUUUGGAAGGCGAUUCUUGAUCCGGUUCAGGCUGGCGGUCCCUAUAAUCUGACUGCUGUUCAGGGAGGAAGCAAGAUUUUGUUCACAGACGUGCUCUUUGGAGAUGUUUGGUUAUGUGGCGGCCAAAGCAACAUGGCCUUCACACUCGGUCAGGUAUAUAAUGCCUCAGAGGAGCUGGCCAUGGCCACUAAAUUCCCGAAUGUGAGGGUCUUCCAGGCUGCACUGGAGAAGAGCAAUGUUGAGUUGAAGGACCUUGCAGGUGUGGAGGUUCCAUGGUCCCGUCCCACACCAGAGAUCCUUGGAGGAAAGGAUUUCAGCCACUUCUCAGCCGUGUGCUGGUUGUUUGGCCGAUACCUUUACCAGAGGCUGAACUAUCCUAUCGGGUUGGUGGAGUCGUGUUGGGGUGGGACCCCUGUAGAGGCUUGGUCCUCCCUCAGAGCACUACACAGUUGUGGCCUCAAGGAAUCUGAGAGCAGUGUCUCGACAGUUGCACCGAUUGACUUCAAAUUUUCAGGUGAUGACUGCUAUAAAGAGUGGAACGGGACGGUGUUAUGGAAUGCCAUGAUCCACCCUCUGCUCAACAUGACCAUCAAAGGAGCCAUAUGGUACCAAGGUGAAGCUAACACACAGUACAACCAGGACAAGUACUCGUGUACUUUCCCAGCUAUGAUCGAUGACUGGAGGAUGGCAUUCCACACAGGCUCAGAGGGCCAGACUGCACAAGACUUUCCGUUUGGAUUUGUACAGCUGUGCACCAAUAGAAAGGUCACACAAGACGGAUAUCCAGAGAUUCGCUGGCAUCAGACAGCAGACUAUGGCUUUGCUCCAAAUGAGCGCAUGAAGAAAACUUUCAUGGCUGUUGCUGUGGACUUACCCGACGAGUCUUCACCCUGGAAAAGCAUUCACCCACGGGAUAAACAGGACGUAGCGUACAGGCUGGUGCUUGGUGCACGAGCUGUAGCCUAUGAGGAAGCUGGAGUGUCCUUCCAGGGUCCUUUUCCCAGCCAGGUCCGGAUUGAGAACACCACCAUAAUCAUCAUUUACAAUCAAGCAAUCAGAUCCACACUUUCCAGUGACACUUUUGAGAUAUGCUGCUCUAAGGAGAAGAAACCAUGUAACUCGGGUUCCCAAUGGAUUCCUGUUCCAAUGAAGGAACAAGGAAGUGAUUAUGUCCUGUUAUCAAUAGCGAAGUGUGCCAUUGACGAUGUAGCUGCUUUGCAUUACGCAUGGAGUGACUGGCCGUGUGCUUUUAAAGCAUGUCCCAUCUACAGCGCAGACGGAGUUUUACCUGCACCACUGUUCAUCAUUAACCGGUGGCCAAGAUACAGCUGAUGAUUAAAUGUGAUUUUAAUUUAAUUUGUUAGCUUUUGCCAUAUAUUACACACAUGUUAUGGCUGGGAAACCACAACAGCCUGCCAAAUACAGUAGCCCCCAUUGUACCUAAUCUGCACGUCUUUGGACUGUGGGGGAACCCGGAGCACCCGGAGGAAACCCACAUAGACACAGGGAGAACAUGCAAACUCCACACUGAAAGGCUCCUGUCGGCCAUGAGGUUCGAACCCGGAACCUUCUUUCUGUGAGGCGACAGCGUUAAAGGAACAGUCCACCGUAUUUCCAUAAUGAAAUAUGCUCUUAUCUGAAUUGAGACGAGCUGCUCCUUACCUAUCCGAGCUUUGCGCGACCUCCCAGUCAGUCAGACGCAGUCAGACACGCUGUCACUCCUGUUAGCAAUGUAGCUAGGCUCAGUAUGGCCAACGGUAUUUUUUGGGGCUGUAGUUAGAUGUGACCAAACUCUUCCGCGUUUUUCCUGUUUACAUAGGUUUAUAUGACCAGUGAUAUGAAACAAGUUCAGUUACACAAAUUGAAACGUAGCAAUUUUCUAUGCUAUGGAAAGUCCGCACUAUAAUGACAGGCGUACUAACAACACCUGCGCGCUUCGGCAGCGCAUUGAUAUCUGAGCUCCGUAUCAAUGCGCGCUUCGGCAGCGCAUUGAUACGGAGCUCAGAUAUCGAAGCGCGCAGAAGGUGCCCAUAAUAAGCCCAUAAUCAUGGGCUUAUUCUUUUGUUAUCUGCUCUCAAAAUUAACCCUAGGCCACGUUAAAUUAAUGUUCAACUAAACAAUGAAAUAAGCUUAGCCUAAUGGGGUAUUCUUGGUUGAUGGUGAAUUGUUUGCAGUAUUUGCUCCUCCCCAGACACAAUGGACAUAAGGACAUUAUUUACAAAGCAGCAGAAAGUCAGUCAGAAUUUCCCCACAGGACAGGGUUUUUUUCUUUGUCCCAAUGGAAAUGUUAGUGCAGUUAGCUGGCUAGUCAAUGUUAGGAGAUGUAUCAGAUAGCUUAAUGUUAGCUAUCAUUUAAUUCAAACCCAGUAGGCCUGCCUUACUGUAAUGCCAAGAAUGAGGUCAAGUCUGCUCUGAUGAUAUUUAUUGAUUCCCUGUUGUGAAUUGAAGAACUUGUUUUGUCUGGUCUUUUGCCAGUUUUCUGGAAAGUAACAUGGGAAAUCAGUGUAUGGGGAAGGAAUAGUAGAAAGGAAAGCAAUGGUGAGAGAUGGAUGUUAUUCCAGGUGGAUUGUGAAGGAAAGGGGGAUAAAAGUUAUGAAGUGGUAGAAAUUGUGGUGGCACCAAUGUAAGAAGGAGUUCUAUCUAUAAAUCUAUUUGUUAUACUGAUCUGUAAAUAUUACUGUAGUAGUACCACCAUUGCAUGUAGGUUGACAAAACUGCACUUGCUCAUUGUGUGAAGUUCUCUUUUAUGUGUCGUUGCUUGACACAGUGUGAUUUUGUGUUAUGAAGUUUGCAUGAUGCCAUGUCAUGCCUGUUCAUUGUGUGAAAUUAUGAAUAUUCUUAUUUUUAAACAUACAGUUGAGUGUCACUAUUGCUUGGCACAGUGGCACGUUGUGUUACAUCUAAAACUAAAUAAAAAAGGAAACACAAAAAAAGUAAAA